GUAUGGUAAGACGUCUCACCUUCUAACCCACCUCCGCUGGCACACUGGAGAAUGACCAUUUGUCUGCAGCUGGUCUUUCUGUGGGAAGAGAUUCACACGCUCAGAUGAACUGCAGCGCCGUAAGAGGAGACACACAGGUGAGAAGUUUUCAUGUACAUUGUGUCCAAAUCGCUUAAUGCGCAGCGACCACCUCUCCAAAUACAUCAACACCCACCUCAACUUAAAGGAACCACUUCCGGCGCCGACUGAGAUGGCCGCCUCGCUUCGCGUUCCUAGGAAACUAUGCAGUUUUUUGUUUUUUUACGUGUUAUUUCUUACAUUAGUACCCCAGGUCAUCUUAGGUUUCAUUACAUACAGUCGAGAAGAACUACUGAAUAUAAGAUCAGCGUCAACUCACCAUCAGUACGACCAAGAAUAUGUUUUCCGCGACGCGGAUCCUGUGUUCUGCCUUACAAACAGGACAACGGAAUGGAUCGCAUGCAAGCGACCCAAGGAAACGACUCCGAAAAAGAGGGAAACGAGGCGGUGUUCUGGUCAGACUCCGAAAAAGGGCACAUCCCGCACCACUCCCCAGCAUUCUUCUUGCCAAUGUCCAGUCUCUUGACAACAAGGUUGACGAAAUCCGAGCACGGGUGGCAUUCCAGAGGGACAUCAGAGACUGCAACGUUCUCUGCUUCACAGAAACAUGGCUUACUGGGAAGACGCUAUCCGAUGCGGUGCAGCCAACGAGUUUCUCCACGCAUCGCGCCGACAGAAAUAGACAUCUUUCUGGUAAGAAGAGGGGCGGGGGCGUAUGCCUCAUGACUAACGAGACAUGGUGUGAUGAAGGAAACAUACAGGAACUCAAAUCCUUCUGUUCACCUGAUUUAGAAUUCCUCACAAUCAAAUGUAGACCGCAUUAUCUUCCAAGAGAAUUCUCUUCGAUUAUAAUCACAGACGUAUAUAUCCCCCCCAAGCAGACACAUCGAUGGCUCUGAACGAACUUUAUUUAACUCUUUGCAAACUGGAAACCAUUUAUCCGGAGGCUGCAUUCAUUGUAGCUGGGGAUUUUAACAAAGCUAAUCUGAAAACAAGACUCCCUAAAUUUUAUCAGCAUAUCGAUUGCGCAACCAGGGGUGGUAAAACCUUGGAUCAUUGUUACUCUAACUUCCGUGACGCAUAUAAGGCCCUGCCCCGCCCCCCUUUCGGAAAAGCUGACCACGACUCCAUUUUGUUGAUCCCUGCCUACAGGCAGAAGCUAAAACAAGAGGCUCCCACGCUGAGGUCUGUCCAACGCUGGUCAGACCAAGCUGACUCCACACUCCAAGACUGCUUCCAUCACGUGGACUGGGACAUGUUUCGUAUUGCGUCAGAUGGAAAUAUUGACGAAUACGCUGAUUCGGUGUGCGACUUCAUUAGAACGUGCGUCGAAGAUGUCGUUCCCAUAGCAACGAUAAAAACAUUCCCAAACCAGAAACCGUGGAUUGAUGGCAGCAUUCGCGUGAAACUGAAAGCGCGAACCACUGCUUUUAAUCAGGGCAAGGUGUCUGGUAACAUGUCCGAAUAUAAACAAUGCAGCUAUUCCCUCCGCAAGGCUAUUAAACAAGCUAAGCGUCAGUACAGAGACAAAGUAGAAUCUCAAUUCAACGGCUCAGACACAAGAGGCAUGUGGCAGGGUCUACAGUCAAUCACGGACUACAAGAAGAAACCCAGCCCAGUCACGGACCAGGAUGUCUUGCUCCCAGGCAGACUAAAUAACUUUUUUGCCCGCUUUGAGGACAAUACAGUGCCACUGACACGGCCUGCAACGAAAACAUGCGGUCUCUCCUUCACUGCAGCCGAGGUGAGUAAGACAUUUAAACGUGUUAACCCUCGCAAGGCUGCAGGCCCAGACGGCAUCCCCAGCCGCGCCCUCAGAGCAUGCGCAGACCAGCUGGCCGGUGUGUUUACGGACAUAUUCAAUCAAUCCCUAUACCAGUCUGCUGUUCCCACAUGCUUCAAGAGGGCCACCAUUGUUCCUGUUCCCAAGAAAGCUAAGGUAACUGAGCUAAACGACUACCGCCCGUAGCACUCACUUCCGUCAUCAUGAAGUGCUUUGAGAGACGAGUCAAGGACCAUAUCACCUCCACCCUACCUGACACCCUAGACCCACUCCAAUUUGCUUACCGCCCAAAUAGGUCCACAGACGAUGCAAUCUCAACCACACUGCACACUGCCCUAACCCACCUGGACAAGAGGAAUACCUAUGUGAGAAUGCUGUUCAUCGACUACAGCUUGGCAUUCAACACCAUAGUACCCUCCAAGCUCGUCAUCAAGCUCGAGACCCUGGGUCUCGACCCCGCCCUGUGCAACUGGGUACUGGGCCUCCUGACGGGCCGCCCCCAGGUGGUGAGGGUAGGCAACAACAUCUCCUCCCCGCUGAUCAUCAACACGGGGGCCCCACAAGGGUGCGUUCUGAGCCCUCUCCUGUACUCCCUGUUCACCCACGACUGCGUGGCCACGCACGCCUCCAACUCAAUCAUCAAGUUUGCAGACGACACAACAGUGGUAGGCUUGAUUACCAACAACGACGAGACGGCCUACAGGGAGGAGGUGAGGGCCCUCGGAGUGUGGUGUCAGGAAAAUAACCUCACACUCAACGUCAACAAAACUAAGGAGAUGAUUGUGGACUUCAGGAAACAGCAGA